AUGAACCUGAACGAGGAAGAUCCGAACGAUACCUAUUACCCGUGGAAAUGCAGCUGCGGGCGUAUCAACAAGAAAUGGGCGACAACAUGUGCAAUCUGUUGGGGAAAGUGGACAGAUGGCACUCGUCACCCCACUCGGCCAAAGAAUCAAGAAGCCCACGAGUGGAAUGCAUACACGUGGGACGAUUGGGAAGACAAUGCGAGCUGGGCAUCAAGUCGAUCGACCAGCCGGACGUCUACAAAGUAUCGGCUGGAUGGCGAUGGCCAGCCUGGCCAACAGAAGCCCUUCAAGAAAGGCAAAGGGAAAGCCACUUCGAGCAACGAGAAACAGGAAUUUCUCGACCAUCUUCGGAAGGCUUAUCCAGAUCCGAAUACAAUGCCGGAAGAAACAAAACAGUUCAUUGCCAAAACAGAGCAGGAAACUGGAAGAAUGGGAAUCAAGAGCCUACACCAAGCUACCAAGCAUUUGGGGAAGGUCAAAAAACACCUUGGCGAAGUUGCCGACCAGCGCAGGGCACACAGAUCCCUAUGGAUGGCCCACCUCGCAAACGGCAUCAAGCUUUGGGAGAAGCAACUCGAAGACUAUCGGAAACAUCAGGCCACGUUAACAGAACUGGCGGGCAAGGCCAGAUCAGAAGUCACGGCAACAAGUCGAAUUAUCCAACAAUUGAGCAGUGCGACAGCAGGAGGAUCUCAAGCUCCCCCACCGCCACAGGCAGAGGCGGAAGAAGCACCCGAAGAUCAGGUGGACAAAGAGGAGGAAGCUCUGAGGAAACAGCUUCAGGGAAUCCUCCAAAACUGUGCAAGCUCGUUGGGAUUGGAGUUCGACCCACAAAAGGUUGUCGAGAUUCAAGAUACAGAGGUUGCGGAGGCUCCGCUGUCACAAGUGGCCGUGUUGAGCCGAGAUGAGGAAAUUGAUGUUGAGGAGGGGCCGAGCUCAGUAGCAAGUUCUGGAAUACACCCACCGAGCUCUGCAAAUGAAAGACAAGAAGUUAUCAUGUUUCACAUUCAUGAUCCACCCCUGAGAGCUUUCUUGGAUUGGAGCAGUUAUGACAAUAUGAUCAAUGAGAUUGCUGGACAUUACGCUACCAUAGUGGAGAAUGUUGUGGAUGCGUAUGAGAUCAAUGCGGACCUCAAGGGUAUUCCACCUGAUGCAGUUCCAAUCAUUGUACAUCUUUUCCCUGACACGGCUGUUGCGCACACCGCCAAACUUGUUCUGUUUGAUGUGGAAUUGCACGCCCAUAAUUCAGAACCAGGGUUCCGGUUAGGGCCCAAGACACAGCGUUUUGUUUUGCCAGUACCUGAGUGGAUUGACAGAGCUUCAGUUCUCACUUUGGCAAAUUCAGAUGUCUACUGUCAGAUGGAAGGGGAUCGAUGUUUUGUUUGGCAUGGCAAUCAACGAUGGCAAGACACUGACCUGCAUGCACGACGCAUUGCACAUGGAGAUUAUUUCAGAGUUGCCUUACCACCAACUGAGCGUUUUACAUGCACAACUCAGCAGAUAGUUGAGUGGACACAAAACGGACUUCCUGAUACCGAUAUUCUCCACCGUCUCGCUGGCCAUGAAGGUAACGAAGGUUAUUCACCUAGCUUGUUGGAUGAGGAAGAAGUCAGACAACUUGCUACUGUGAAUAUUGAAGUGGAAGACCCUGAUGCAGACCAUUUUUCAACCUUCCAGAUUCCCUCUGAUGGCUCAACUGCUGCAUUCAAACAGCCAUUGCAGGACGUCACGAACAUUGUUCACGAUGGUUCAAAAUUGCAGGUAGAAAGUCACACUGAGACAGACGAAGGUGAUCUCUUUCUGGCCAUGCAAAAUCCCUUGAGGGAUCAGGCACAUAAUCCUGAAGUUGGCACCUUGAGUAGUAGUGGAAGCUCAGGAGACCGCCAUUUGCAGGAGUGGAACCUGGAUUUACAGAUAGCUUUCCUAGGAGGGGACCCUGCUGAGUGGAGACAGGAUCUCACCCAUCCUUGGCGGUAUCAGGAAGUGAUACAAGAUGCACCACCGCAGGAUCUCAAUAGCCUAGUACAGGUAGAUGCAGGCAAGAAUCGAGUCCCGGCUGAUGUUGAGCCAGAACCAACAUGUAGUUUCACAGACGAGUUCCUAGAGGCCAUCUCGGCAGCAGAAGAGGCUGCACGAAUGGAGCCACCAGCGUCAACAGUGUUGUCAGUCUAUGAUUCGGAUCCGGGCAUGGAACGUUCUCCUUACACGUUUGCCUUUGUCCUCCAUAGGAAGAGCAUUCAACAGUUGCCCAAGAAGUCCAUGUCCUCGUACACCAAGCUUUACCAAUCGAUGCGCAUGGGGUCCUCAUCACAUUACGAUCAAUGGUUUGAUGUCGCUUCUGGCCAGAGUAUUCGGGUACGGAUUGAACCACAAGAAGAGCGACAAGAGGACUUUGAUAUUGACACUGUACCUUUUGAGGACUUGCGUGCUACAUUGUUUGACGACUUUUUGCAAUGGUUUGAAAUCCUAAGACAGACUUGGCAUGACUUGAUGGAUCCGGGAGCCCCUUUUGAAGUUGUUCUGGUGCAACCUGCUCCUGAACCGAUGGAAUCAGGUGUUGUGGGACAUGUGAUCCUGAUUCAGCAUCCAUUUGACACAAUGUCUGCACUGUUGGUCACGGUUAAGGAUGUCGCUAUUAAUGUCGGUCAUCCCAACAGGAUUGUUGUGAAUGUACCUGAAAACAUUGCUAAGCGUGAUCUGUUGCAAAGUGUUGGAUAUGAGCGAGAAUGUCACCUUAAUGGGGCUAGCUGUCAAAUUCGUCAUGCACUUGCAGCUUGGGAUGCACAAGCCUUUUGGCCAGUACGUGAUGGUGAUUGCUUUUAUGUGCAGAUCACCAGGGCCUUUUUGCCUGCGGAAUGGCAUCCUCCGCUGCCUUUCCAGGAACUUGGAUCGGAUGGCCUUGGCCUUUUGCAAGUGCAUUCAAGAACUGUCAAACAACCCAGUGAACAUCCAAGGAAGGGUCACAGAAUGCGUUCGACACGACCUCCAUCACAUGUGUUGCUCAUUGCUUGGUUUGUUGAUGAGAAUCACCCUGUGUGCCGUAUGCCUAAGACCAAGGAAGUUGACUCAUCCGCUUGCUUGGUCAAACAAGCUGAACAGCUUUGGAUUGACGUUUUGGGUGGUCGCGAAUGUCAAGUCUUUACGGUAGAGACAAUGAGUCGAUGUGUCAAAUCUGGCUCAGAGCUUGACGAAGUUUGCUUUGUGAUUGACGGCAGAACAUCAUCAAUUAAUGCCGAUGCUGAGGUAGCCAUUGUGCUGGAACGAGUGUUGGUCGCUGGCAACCAGCACUUAGUUGAGCAUUUUGCAGCUUUGGUAGAGUCGCCCAGCUGUGCGAAACAACUCUGGAAGCAUUUGCUCGGACGUUCGGGGGAUCCGAUCCCUGAAGCCACCACUUGCUAUUUGCAGGGUCGAAACUGGGACCUAAACAUGGUUGCACACAACUUGGCACCAGGAAGCUGCGUCAGUUUUUGGCUGGAGCAGGACAAGCUGGCGGAAAAGUUUGUUCGAAUUACAUUCAAACAAGUCAUUAUUGCAUUUGAGUGGUUAGAUGCUCAUUUCUUUUUGCCUUGUUAUGAUCUUCCUGCGACAUUUCCUUUCUUGCCAAUUUGCUAUGACUGGACCAAUGAAUGGUGGGAGCCGAAUGCUGGUGGCACGCGUGUCUCCAUCUAUUUUGAUGGUUCAUACAUUUCCAAUGCAGAGGGAAUCAGAGCAGGAGCAGCAGCCGCAGCCUUUGUCUGUGUGAAAGGCAAAUGGAUGUUUGCUGGAGCUUUGUCUACUGCUCUCUCAAAUGUCAAGAAUUCAUACCAAGCUGAGACUUCUGCCAGCAUCAUUGCCAUGAAAUUUGCAUAUGACAUUUUGAAACUGGUAGGCGCGGUCCAGGACACUGCGUUGGUUGAUGUGCAUUUAUGCUAUGAUUCUCUCACUGUGGGGAAACAAACCGCAGGUGAGUGGCAAGCUGUUUCGUCGCCAACUGUAGGUCAUCUAUUGCGUAGUCUCCACAAGUGCAUUCAGCGUCGAUUUCGCAGUGAGUUGAAAUACCAUCAUGUGAAAGCUCACUGUGGAGAACCAGGUAAUGAGUUGGUGGACACCUUGGCACACCAAGCUGCUUUGGGGGCCCCACUCCAGGACCUGGAACCAUGGAUUGCGCAUGUGACGGCCCGUGCCUUUGUUUCCAAUGCAGAAUGGUUUUGGUUCCUGUUUAGAGAUGAUGUAAAAUGGGACCUUAAUGAUCUCCUGCUGCCUGCUGCGCCCUCCACUUUGCCGGAUACCCUUCAUGAUUCACCUCCACCAAAUUUGGCACAGGAUCGUGAACAGGUCGGUGAACUGAUGUUGACACUUACAACGUGCAAUGUUCUGACAUUAGUGUCAUGCAAGAAGAAAGGGCCGCAGGCAUUCCAAGGGCCGGCCAGGCAGGAAAGUGUUUUUCAGCAGAUGGCAGAAGAACAAAUCCACAUAUUUGCUCUCCAAGAAACCCGCUUGAAGCGCUUGUCCAAUGCGCAUGAUUCCCGAUUUUGGCUCUAUCGUUCUGCUGCGACAUCGGGUGGACAUUAUGGAGUUUUGAUUGGAUUGACGAGAGAUCGUCCAGUGGGGUUUCUUCAUAAAGAUGGAGUGGCAAAGAAAGUGUACAUUGAGCAGCAGGAUGUUGCAGUGAUUGCUGUGGAUCCACGGUAUCUCAUUUUGCGGCUCAAGACAAGUCUUUUCAAGGUCAUUUUGAUUGCAGGACAUGCGCCCCAUACAGGUUCUGCACAGACUGAAAUUGACGCUUGGUGGAGCACUGUUGCCAGUCGGAUUCCCACUAAAUAUGGCACCUGGCCACGCAUUCUUUUGUGUGAUGCUAAUGCUCGAGUCGGAGCUGAGCCAUGCCCACAUAUCGGACCCUUCCAAGCUGAAAAAGGCAAUGGGAAAGAAGAAGGUUUCAUUCAGUUUGUCCGGCAGCAGGGCCUUUUCCUCCCUUCCACAUUUGAAACGUGCCAUGUUGGAGACGGAGGAACCUGGUUGCACAACAAUGGAGCCUGGUGUAGAAAUGAUUUUGUUGGUCUCCCUGCGGAGUGGACUUAUGAUUCAUGCAAGUCUUGGGUUAGCACUGUGAUUGAUGUUGGUCUUCACAAAGAAGAUCACCGUGCCCCAGUGGUCACCUUUAAACGACAAGCAGUUGUUAAAGACUUAAAGGCACGGACCAAACCUUUCAAGAUGAAUUUGCCACCUUUGAGACCUGAGCAUUUGCCUGAACUGCCGACUUAUGCAUGGCAUCUUGAUGUCCAUACCCAUGCCCACCAAGUCCAGCAGGACCUCAUCAACAGCCUGUGGGAUGUGCAGGUCAAACCAGGUGGUGUGCCGCACAAGACCACUAUGUCCAAGGAGACGUGGGAUAUAGUCUGCCAGAAGCGGCAAGCACGCAAUGCUCUUGCAUCGCACCAGAAAGCCCAGCGACUCUUAGCCGCCUGGUUUGCAUGUUGGCGCCACUCCCUGGUGGAUGGACUCUCUAGUAACCUUCUGGUUACCUUUGAUGCAUUGCUGUGCCAACAAGAUUCACUCAUUGCUGUUGCAUAUCACCGAUUUCGUACGCUCGGCAGGUUAGUUGUCAAGAAAUUGAGACAAGAUGAUGUCACUUUCUUUGAUAACUUGCUCCAGGAGUGCACUGAAUAUCUGGGUCCCGCCCAGGUCAAGCAGUUAUGGAAGACUGUUCGGCGCUCCUUACCGAGGUUCCAACAAAGACGCAUGACCACGCCACCGUUUCAGUUGGAAGGACUAGAAGACCAAUGGGUUAACCACUUUAGCCAGCUUGAAGCAGGUACGCCCACAAGUAUGCCCCAGCUUUUGCGGACGUGUGUCACCAGACAGAUGUGUACUCUGUUUGACGCCCCGAGUCGAAUUGAAUGUCAGGAGUUACCCUCGCUCUUUGCUCUGGAAGAUGCAUUUAGGAAGACAGCUCCAGAUCGUGCCACUGGGGAUGACCCGCUCCCAUCGGAGCUAUUCCACUUGGCUGCCUGCCCGCUUGCGGCAGGGUAUCAUGAUUUGUUGCUGAAAGAAUUUGUAUGGCAGAUGGAACCGCUCCCAUAUAAGGGUGGACCAGUUGCUAUCAUUCCGAAAUGCUUGGCUCCAACAACUGCCCAGCAAUUUCGAGGCAUCCUGCUGUUAGGAAACAUGGCCAAACGCACACACUCAGUCCUGCGCCAGAGGAUUAUGAGUCAUUUGGAGCAUGCCAAGGCACCUGGUCAGUUAGGUGGAUUCCCUGGGCAGCAGGUUAUGUUCGGUUCACAGGCGUUACGCAUCUUUGGUACCAUUGCUGAUGCGCGGCGAGUGAGCAGUGCAGUCCUUUUCCUUGACCUUUCCAAUGCGUUCCAUCAUCUUGUGAGGGAACUUGUAACAGGGGUUUCUUCGUCGCAAAAUCUGGAUGCGGUCCUUGAUGUCUUGAAAAGCACAGGACACCCGACUGCCAAGCUGAAUGCUGCUUGUCAUCUUCCAGGACUCUUAGCUGAUUUAGGAGCCCCAUCUACUUUGGUGAGAUUGGUUUGCGACAUUCAUGCUGAGACAUGGUGCUCCCUCCCUUGUCAGCAAUAUCUCCACACAAGAAGAGGGACUCGACCAGGAAGUCCAUUAGCAGACAUUGUCUUCCACAUUUUGAUGACGUCCGUGGCCAAAGAUAUUGACGAAUGGAUUGUGCAGCACUCCGUGCAUUCACCGGUUUUUCCCGGUGAAGUGGACACCUUUCCCAGCAUUCUUUGGGCGGAUGACAUUGCUGUGCCUGUUGCAACAUCCCAACCUGAACACCUAGUACCUUUGUUGCUCAAACUUCUCUGUGCAGUACGAGAUUGUUUGCAUGAUCGAGGAUUCACAUUGAAUUUUGCUUUAGGGAAAACCAAUGCAGUUGUUUCCUUUCGAGGGUCGGGUGCUAGUGAAUUGCGCAAAGAAUUUCAAUUGGUUUCAAAGCCGGGUGCCACUUGUGUUUUCUCUGAUGGAACGGAAGCAUGGUUGCAUUUUGUUCCAGUCUAUAAGCACUUGGGCACUAUUUUCGCUUCGGAUCACAGUUUGGAAAGUGAGCUUUCUAUGCGCAUUGGUAUUGCGGGCUCCGCAUUUUCACAUUUGUCCCGACCACUUUUGACCAACCGGCAUUUGCCUACAAGGCUCCGACUGAAGCUGUUUCAAUCCUUAAUUGUGUCCAAAUUAUUCUUCGGACUUGGUGCUUGGCACACCCCAACACCCAAGCAACUGAAGCGUCUCACAGGCUUCUACACUCGUUGCCUCAAGAAGAUUCUACGGUUGCCGAUCGAGAAAUGGGCACAGAGUAAUGAACAAGUUUUCCUCGAAGCUCAGAUGCUGGACGUACGUGCACGUUUAGCAGUUGAUCGUUUGCUCUAUGCACAGAGAGUUUUUGCUGUAGGUCCUUUCUUUCUCCAAAAUGUGAUUCAUUUGGAAGAGAGUACAGUCACAGAUCCAUGGUUGGCAGGACUGAAAGCAGAUUUACAAUGGAUGCAGGAUAUCGACCCCACUGUUUUGCCGGAGGGCUGGUCAGUGGAUCUGACCGAUCUCAUUGAAGCCUGGCAGACGGAAGGAUUCCCAUGGAAGUCCAAAGUCAAAGCAGUUGCACGAAAGCAUCAGAUGCAAGAGCAGACGAUGGAAGAGGUGGCUAACCUCCAUCGACAGGCUUUCGCUGUUUUGAAGCAGGCAGGGGCCACUUUCAAGCCUGAUCCCUUUCACAUUGUGCCAGAGGCUUGCAGUCAUGCGUGGCGACAAGUUGAAUAUACUGCUGAGAAGAUGCCUAAACAGGUUGUUGGCCUUGCCCGCAGAGAGUUUCUGCCCACUUUGGGACCACGCCAUGAGCAGCAGACUUGUCUUGAUAAGCAGCGACGAGCAUGGCAAGUGGAACUGGAUGAAUGUUUUGCUAAGCUGGUCAUCCAGGACCAACCGGAGCAUGCCAUGGAUCGAGGUGCUCGGAUUGGUGACGCCUUAUCGGAAGCCACUCAGAAGUGGUUCCAUGAGCAUUUCCCGCUAGGCCCGUCAGACUCUGCCAAACAAGACUUGGUUGAUACCUGGAUUCAGAUUCUCUGCAUUGAUUUUGUUGACAACAACCCAUUAUGGGACAAUUGGCUUGCCUUUGUCUUCCUAGCCUGGGGUGACCACUGGUUGCCGGAGAUUAUUGCUGAAUUUUUGGAUGGAGAGGCUGAACAAAUCGUUGAUGAAUUGUAUGCUGACUUUGCUACGGAGCUUCCCAGAUAUCAAGUGCUCAGCCGUAUCUCGUUUUUAGAGUCUAGCUUGAAGCACUGCGUUGAGGCUCCACCUGAGCCGCAUCGACCUGCUGUCAAUGGUGGACUGGGAGCUCUCCGUCAUCCAAAAACCACAUCUAGGGUAUACCAGCCUGUGCCGCGAGCAUAUGGCUGUCAGGAGGCUUGGUUGCAACACUUGCGACAAUGCACCUUCCUUGAUUUGCCGGUCACUCCAUUCUGUCCUCGAUAUAAGAGCAUACAAGAACAACCGGUGUUUUUGGUAGUGCAUCUCUUUAGCGGUCGCAGACGUGAAGGAGAUUUUCAUCAAGCGUUACAUCAGCUGGCGGAAACCAGCAAUUGGAAGGUCGUGAUCCUAUCACUAGAUACUGCGGUAUCGACUGAGUAUGGUAAUCUCAUGACUGGUACGACUUCCUGGCAAACCUUGAGUGCAUUGUAUUUGUCCGGCAGGGUGGCUGCCACGCUUUGUGGCCCACCCUGCGAGACCUUUUCCGAAGCCCGGUAUACACCGGCUCCUCCUGGAGAGACGCUUUGGCCGCGGCCGCUCAGAUCCUUUGACAGACUGUUCGGCCUGGAAGGCUUGACAUUUCGUGAACUCAAGCAAUGUGCAGUUGGAAGUUCGUUUUUCCUGCAAACUAUCUGGAUCCUCUGCAUCCACAUUCAGUGUGGCGGGCUGUUCGUUGCAGAACACCCUGCCCGGCCAGCUGACGCUUCAAGACCAAGUAUUUGGACAAGCCCCAUCGUCCAGUUACUACUGAUGUUGCCGGAACUUCAACUCCAUCACGUUGCACAGUACCAGCGGGGUGCAGAAGCUGUUAAACCCACGGGCUUAUUAGCUCUGGCCAUGCCGUUUUUUCGCUGUGACCUAUACAAGAAGGCCUUUAGUGACGCGGUUAAGCCGACGAGCGAUCUGGACGAAUGGGUUGAGUUUGCUGCGAAGGCCAGCACUCCAAUCCGUACAGGGGCACAAUGGUUGCCGGAUUUCCAGCUCCUGGGCCCCUUCCUGGAAGGUUAUGGGGGCUUCCUGGCUUCUGGCCGGGAACCUUCUGAGAAGCUUCUGGAAAGCUUUGCGGCACUUUCUGAGAGGCUCCUGGAAGCCUUCUGGGACGUUUCUGGGAAGCUCCUGGGGCUCUUCUGGGAGGCUCCCGGGGCCCUUCCUGGAGGAUUCUGGGGGCUUCCUGGAGGCUCCUGGAAGCCUUCUGGGACGUUUCUGGGAAGCUCCUGGGGCUUUUCUGGGAAGCUCCCGGAGCCCUUCCUGGAGGAUUCUGGGGGCUUCCUGGCUUCUGGUACGCUUCUGGGAAGCUUCCGGGAGCCUUUCUGGGAAGCUUCUGGGAAGCUUUGCAGGCACUUUCUGAGAGGCUCCUGGAAGCCUUCUGGGACGUUUCUGGGAAGCUCCUGGGGCUCUUCUGGGAGGCUCCCGGGGCCCUUCCUGGAGGAUUCUGGGGGCUUCCUGGCGUCUGGUAAGCUCCCGGUACGCUUCCGGGAGCCUUUCUGGGAAGCUUCUGGGAAGCUUUGCGGGCACUUUCUGAGAGGCUCCUGGAAGCCUUCUGGGACGUUUCUGGGAAGCUCCUGGGGCUUUUCUGGGAAGCUCCUGGGGCCCUUCCUGGAGGAUUCUGGGGGCUUCCUGGCUUCUGGUAAGAACGAUAGCUAUUGCGAUUGCCUCGACUGUGACGAUGAACUUUAUGACGACUGUGUCACUUGCGGUGGCUGUCCAACAAAUUGUGGCGAUAGUUUCCCGUGCGACGGUCUACCCGCUGGGUUCAUUGAAGAACCUGCCGUACCUCCGAACUCGAAUACCUGUAACGACGUCUGGUCUGAUGAUGAGUUCAGGUACCAGCCUGGCGACUUUUCGUUCGAUCCAGAUUUCCCGAAUCGCAAUGCCUCAUUCACGUGCUCGCAGGGUUGGAUCAUCCCUGGCAGAUAUGUCCAUGACGAUUUCUGCGAUUGCCCUGACUGCUUGGAUGAACAGGUUGAUUUUUUCGGCUGGAAUUGCACGACCUGUGGUUCGUGCCCGCUUUCUUGCGGCGCCGAAUCCAAAUGUGGCGAUCAACCAGCCUGCUUCAUUGACAAAACUGCAACACCGUUCUAUUGUGGAAGCGUGGAAGGAUUCUUCAUCGACAGUGAUUAUAUCAACGAUGGCUAUUGCGAUUGCCCAAGUUGCGAAGAUGAAGAGCUGUACACGUGUGAUACAUGUGGGGCUUGCCCUGUGAUUUGUCAGGAUUACAUUCCAUGUUACCUGGGCUACUCGCUUGAGCUAAGAACAGAAAUCGGUGAGGAGGACUAUGUGGAACCUUCAGAGACCUAUCAAGAUUGCAAGCGCGCUGCCUUCAUUAACGAUUGGUUUGACUCGGACAUUCACCUGGAGAAAAUAUGCUAUGACGACGAGUGGCUACUUCCAGACACAUUCCUGAAUGACGGCUAUUGUGAUUGUCCAGAAUGUGAAGAUGAGGCAAAUGUCAAUGAUUGUGGCAUAUGUAAAUUUGCGGGAUUGUGCCCCCAGAAGUGUGGCGAUAGCAUCUCCUGCUUCGAAAUCGGGCAAAUGAAUGGCACGCACAAGCAUUGCGAUUUCGAUCUGCCCAUGGAGGAAUGGGACAGUGCCUUUCAAUGCAAUAGUGGCUGGUGGCUUUCUGGUGACGUGGUGAACAACGGCGCCUGCGACUGCCCAGAUUGCGACGAUGAAGCCGGCCUAAAUUGUUCGACAUGUGGUGCAUGCCCAACCAGGUGCGGUGAAUCUGCCAAUUGCACAGAAAAAUUCGGCGAGUGUGAACCUCCAAUAGAGGAAUGGCCUUGCCCACUGACGCCAGAGUUCAAAAUCGAGAUCUCAAACAGAGAGAAUCGCGCGUGUGACUGCCCGUACUGUGAAGAUGAGCAAGUUACUGGCUUUAAUUGCACGACUUGCGGCGGCUGCCCUGUCCUAUGUGGGGAUUUAAUUGAAUGCAACUUUGGUUUGUCGCCUUUCUACAAAACUGAAAAAGAUAUCAGACUCCUUAGGCCGAUCACACCAACCACUCUGUCGACAUCUUCCACAUCGGGCACUGUGUCCACAUCUGCCCCAUCGGGCACAGAUCCAUCAGGCAGUUCGUCGACAUCUGGCAUUCCAUUGACAUCUUCCCCAUCGGGCACUGUGUCCACAUCUGCCCCAUCGGGCACAGAUCCAUCAGGCAGUUUGUCGACAUCUGGCAUUCCAUCGACAUCUUCCCCAUCGGGCACUGUGUCCACAUCUGCCCCAUCGGGCACAGAUCCAUCAGGCAGUUCGUCGACAACAUCUUCCCCAGUUUUUACCCCUGAGCAAAGGAGGCAGCAGCGACGGGAGCAACGGCGAGAGAGGCGUCGGCGGCGGCGGAAUAGGUUCCUCGAGCAAAACUCCAUUGAGACUCCUCGGCCACGGCGCCGGCUGUCCAGACUCUCGAUGAGUAAAGAGGAUCAUUCAGCAGGCAGGUUGGAUGUUCCCGUUCAGCGAGGCUUUUACAAAACAAAGCCUGGUAGCACAUUUGGAUCCCACUGGGAUCCGGAGAAAGUGCACAAGGUACCUGGGUACCGCGACCCUGCAGUAUACCAAACCAAGAUGAAGGAACGCCAGGCUGCAUUGAAGUCACAAGGAAAAGCACACAUUCCAAACAGGCACGCGAUUCAAAAGGCAGCUGUUAAGCAAGAGACAGCCCGGACAGCCCGGAAGAGGAGAAGCCCGAAAGUGAAGGUGAAUAGAACCCGGCCAAUAUUUGCAGAAGGCCAGGCAAAUCUUGUAGAUCAUGGAGGCUUCGCAGCAAGAAAGGAGGCUUCUGAAGAUCGUGAAAGUUCUGAAAACCCUGGCCUUGAACUGAUGGAUCAGGGCAGCGAGUUCUUUGAUGGCCGAAGACGGCGGCGGAACCCGGUCUUUAAUGCAGUGUCGGAUACAGUAGACACGGCUACAAAACCACUACAGCAGGGUACAACGGCUGUUGUAGACACGGUCACCGAUACAGUAGACACGGUCACCGAUACAGUCUCCGAAGCCGUCAAGACCGCAAUCGACAACACCGUAAAAGUAGUAGGCACAGUUGGCGCUUUUUUCUCAAAUGUCGCGACGUGGACUGAAGCGCAGGCAAAGUCAGCUGUUAAGUUCGUUGCGGGGGUAGUCCAAGCCAUCGAAAGAUUCACGGAAGAAUUUGUGGAUUCAGUCCAAGAAGCGGCAGAGAAUGUGGGGAACUUCUUCGUCGGCGCCUUUAAGGCAGGUAAAGAAUGGUUCUUGGGCUUCCUGGAAGAAAUCCUGACACAAUUGGUUGACGCAGGUGAAGGCUUUACAGACACGACGUCCAACUUGGCUUCAAACGCCGCCUAUCCAGGAGGCAUUACGGACGGCAGUUCGAUCGAGUCGCAUCCCGACCCAAUUGUAGCAUAUUGUAGUGGAGUGGUGGCAAAAUGA